AUGCACAGUCGGAAAGGUGGUGUGGCCCUAGUGGUGUGGGAAAAUCGGACCAGGGGAAGUGGGGCAUUGGAUGGGGGGAAGUGGGGGAUUGGAUGGGGGGACGUGGGGGAUUGGACGGGGGGGAGUGGGGCAUUGGAUGGGGGGAAGUGGGGGAUUGGAUCAGGGGAAGUGGGGGAUUGGAUGGGGGGAAGUGGGGGAUUGGAUCGGGGGAAGUGGGGGAUUGGAUCGGGGGAAGUGGGGGAUUGGAUCGGGGGAAGUGGGGGAUUGGAUCGGGGGAAGUGGGGGAUUGGAUCGGGGGAAGUGGGGGAUUGGAUCGGGGGUAGUGGGGGAUUGGACGGGCAGGUGUGGUGGAAAGGAAAGGGUAGUGCGGGGAAGGACGAGGUGGAGGGGGGGAAAGGGAGGGUAGGACUGGGGGACAGGGAGGGUGUUUGGGGUGAGGAAAGGGGGAAAGAGAAUGACCAGGGUGGUGAAGGGGGUGAGGAAAGGGGGAAAGAGAAUGACCAGGGUGGUGAAGGGGGUGAGGAAAGGGGGAAAGAGAAUGACCAGGGUGGUGAAGGGGGUGAGGAAAGGGGGAAAGAGAAUGACCAGAGAGGUGAAGGGGGUGAGGAAAGGGGGAAAGAGAAUGACCAGGGUGGUGAAGGGGGUGAGGAAUGGGGGAAAGAGAAUGACCAGGGUGGUGAAGGGGGUGAGGAAAGGGGGAAAGAGAAUGACCAGGGUGGUGAAGGGGGUGAGGAAAGGGGGAAAGAGAAUGACCAGGGUGGUGAAGGGGGUGAGGAAAGGGGGAAAGAGAAUGACCAGGGUGGUGAAGGGGGUGAGGAAUGGGGGAAAGAGAAUGACCAGGGUGGUGAAGGGGGUGAGGAAAGGGGGAAAGAGAAUGACCAGGGUGGUGAAGGGGGUGAGGAAAGGGGGAAAGAGAAUGACCAGGGUGGUGAAGGGGGUGAGGAAAGGGGGAAAGAGAAUGACCAGGGUGGUGAAGGGGGUGAGGAAUGGGGGAAAGAGAGUGCGCAGGGUGUAGAAAGGGGUGAGCAGGGUGUAGAAAGGGGAGAAGAGAAUGACCAGGGUGGUGAAGGGGGUGAGGAAAGGGGGAAAGAGAAUGACCAGGGGGAAGUGGAGGCGACGGGAGGGGGAAGUGGAGGCGACGUGAGGGGGAAGUGGAGGCGACGGGAGGGGGAAGUGAUGGCGACAGUAGGGGGAAGUGGAGGCGACGUGAGGGGGAAGUGA